AACUACUGGCUUGAUAUUCCACUUGGCUUCGAGCUCCGUGUCUGAUUGGUGGAGAAGACUUUUUCGCGUGUUCGGAUUGGUUUGAAGAAAGCAUUGAUAACAGAUCUGUUAGGUUGCGCCUCCUGUAUAACUGAAGCCGGUUGAGCACGCUGUGAGGCCCCGGAAUACAGUAAUCUUACCGACUGGAGGUCGCGGCUGAAUUGUAACCCAUAUCGAAUUUUCCCACCCAGCUCGAACCCGUUGACCAAAGAAAUGGUGAUGGAGAAGCCCAGUGCCCAGCUCGUGGGGCGGGAGUUUGUGCGACAGUACUACACCCUGCUGAACCAGGCGCCCGACUACCUGCACAGAUUCUACGGUAAGAACUCGUCUUAUGUGCACGGAGGGCUGGACAGCAACGGGAAGCCCGCGGAGGCCGUCUACGGCCAGGCUGAGAUCCACAAGAAAGUGAUGGCGCUGGGUUUUCGGGAUUGCCACACCAAGAUCCGGCACGUGGACGCCCAUGCCACGCUGAGCGAGGGGGUUGUGGUGCAGGUGCUGGGCGAGCUGUCCAACAACAUGCAGCCCAUGAGGAAGUUCCAGCAGACCUUUGUUCUUGCUCCUGAGGGAACCGUAGCGAACAAAUUCUACGUCCACAAUGACAUCUUUCGCUACCAGGAUGAGGUUUUCGGAGACUCUGACUCCGAACCUCCCGAAGAGUCUGACGAGGACGUGGAGGAACUGGAGGAGCGGGUCAACUCGCCUGAGGCUGCUCAGGAGGAAUCUGCAGAGUUCUACCAGCAGACGCCAUGCACGGAGCCGGAGGAGGUGGUCGUGACCCCCGAGCCUGAGGCAGAACCGGAACCGCAGCAAGAGGCAGAACCGCAGGCGGAGGCUGAACCGGUUGUGGUGGAGGCGAAACAGGAGCCGGAGGCGGUGCCAGAAACGCAUGCUGAGGAGCAGGGGGAGAAGCGCCCUCCCUCGCCUGCUCCUGCAGAUCCCUCGCCCGUGGUGCCAGAGGAGACCCGGCCUUUCUCCUGGGCCUCCGUCACCAGUAAGAACCUUCCUCCGGGUGGAGUGGUCCCGGCGUCCGGCGUGCCACCGCAUGUGGUUAAAGCCCAGACCUCGCAGCCGCGCAUCGAAGUGAAGACAGAAACGCAGAGCGCGGCACAGAGGCCCCAGAGAGAACAGCGACAGCGGGAGCAGCCGAGGCCGGGACCCCCAGUGGCCCACAGGGGCCCUCGCUCUGGAGCGCGGGAAGGCGAGCAGGGCGAUUCGGAGGGGCGCCGCACCGUCCGCUACCCCGACAGCCAGCAGCUCUUUGUCGGCAACGUGCCCCAUGACGUGGACAGGGCCGAACUCAAGGAGUUCUUCGAACAGUAUGGCACCGUGCUAGAGCUGCGCAUUAACAGCGGGGGCAAGCUGCCCAACUUCGGUUUCGUCGUGUUUGACGAUUCGGAGCCCGUGCAGAAGAUCCUCAGCAACAGGCCCAUUAAGUUCCGUGGCGACGUGCGCCUCAACGUGGAGGAGAAGAAAACCAGAUCGGCCCGAGAGGGGGACAGACGAGAUGCUCGUUCUCGGGGCCCCGGUGGUCCACGCGACAGACUCGGAGGUGUUAGGGGCCCACCUUCCCGCGGGGCCAUGACCCAGAAGCCCAGUUUCGGUGCUGGGAAGGGUUCCGGUUCUGGAGAUGCCCGUUUCACCGGACAGCGCCAGUAACUAUCUGGUGCUCGCUACUACUGAAGCCCACGAAUCUGAGCGUCGCAGUGGUCCCUCGGCGUGGGGCCCCACCCACCCCCUUGGGGCUCUGUACAUACUCUCUCCUUUCAAUCUGGACUCCUCCUCUUCCUCUUCCACUCUUUUUUUUUUUUUUUUUUUUAAGUUCUGAAUUUAUUUGUGGUGGUAAUAAUGGGGACAAAAGCUACUUGAAAGAAACUCGGACUGAUUUGAGCGCCGCUUCCCGUUUCUCGGAGCAACGUGUUCCACUCCUUGGGCAACUGUUUCGCUGUCGAGCGCCGCCCCUCACGAGUCAUAUGGGCGCCGUUUCGCUUGCAGUCACUGCUCUGCUAAACCGUGGUAAACCGUCUGACAAGCAGUAUUGUGGGAGCUGAGCGACGACAGAACCAAAUAGAACUUUGUUUUUGUAAACCCACGGCGUUGGAUUCUCAGUUAGGUCUCCUGCAGAAGUUGUUGGUUUUUGUAAAAACUAAUUGUUGUGCCUUCUAUUUAUCCCAUUCCAGUCAUGUACAAAUAAAGUGUAGAUUUGCUUUGACAA